CAUCCGGGGCUUUUGGAGCUAGCCAGUGUGUGAGGAGGAGAGUGGACUGAUGACAGCUGUCAGUGGACACAAAAACACCACCGAUCUGUGACGAAGAGGCGAAUGGCUUUCACCUAAAGCACCAGGAGAAAAGGAACAACGCCUCGGCACUGUCGCGGGGUCAUUUAAAGCUGUCUCGAAGGUAUUUACACACAGCCCUGUCUGUUUUCCGGCCUUACUCAACAAAGGCAACAGCAACAGUUGCAGAGGCAACAUGGGGACACAAGGCUCUGGCAGAAAGCGUGCUCCAUUGAAAGAUCGGUUCUCAGCAGAGGAUGAGGCUUUGAGCAGCAUUGCUCGGGAGGCGGAGGCGAGGCUGGCAGCGAAGAGGGCGGCCCGGGCAGAAGCCAGGGACAUACGAAUGAGGGAACUGGAACGGCAACAGAAAGAGCUUUCUUACCGCUCCUCCAGCAGUAGCAACCGAAAAUGGGGUCAGAUCCACCAGUGGAUGGCUGACGCAGAAAAAGCGAGAACCUCUAGUAGUAGUAGAUCCAGCAGCCGUCAGCACCGGGGGCUGGAUGAUGAUGUCAUGUCAGUCCGCAGCUACAGGUCAACUUCAUCAGCAGUGCGUGACUUGGGGUCUAGCAAGAGUCGAUCCACUUCCCGUAGAAAAGAUGGUUUGUCUGAUGGCCUCUCCAUCAGCUCCCUCAAGACUUCCCGCUCCACUAGUUCAGUGUACAAUGACCUGCAUGGCCAUAAAAAGGCUUCGUCCAGCUCCUCGAAGAAGGAUCUGCUGACUGGACUGUACCACGAUCAGAGGACCUACAGCAGCCUGUCCAAGACCAAACCUCCACCUCUGUCGUCCACUUCCACCUAUCAGCCACGGGCCACCACUUCCUCGUCCUCCACCACCGGCACAGGGCUGCCUCGCAGCUACAGCACGGCGUCUAUUUGCGACGACACUGGUCUUUACGGGUCUGGCUACAGUUCGAGAGCUCCCUCUGAAUACAGCUGGUACUCCUCUGGAGCCAGCUCCACUCGCAGCAGCCCUGCGUCUUCCUCAGAUGAUGACACUGUCAGCAGUGUGUCCCAGGAGCGCUUCAGCCGAGGCCGGAGGGACAGCACGUCGUCUGACUUCUCUGACAUUAGCGAGUCGGCUGCUGAUUAUUUCAGCCGCACCAGCCGACGGGGCAGCAUUGUGUCUGACCUCGAUGAUUUGAGCAUUCCCGACCUGGACGCUCUGGAUGAAAAAUGUGACAAGCAGUACACAGAUUAUAGCCGGCCAUCUUCCCGCUGUGCCACCCCAGGCCUCUCAGCCGCCACCCUGGCAUCACUGGGCGGUACCUCGUCGCGACGAGGUAGCGCAGACACGGGUAGCGCCUAUGACCCCGACACCAGUCUGAGUGAACUUAGGGAUAUCUAUGAACUAAAGGACCAGAUUCAGGAUGUAGAAGGGCGGUACAUGCAAGGGCUUAAAGAGCUGAAGGAGUCACUUGCGGAGGUGGAGGAGAAGUAUAAGAAAGCAAUGGUAUCGAACGCACAGCUGGACAACGACAAAGGCAACCUCAUCUAUCAAGUGGACACACUCAAGGACGUCAUAGAGGAGAUGGAGGAGCAGACGGCAGAGAUGAAGAGGGAGCUGGAGGACAAGUCGAAGGAACUCGAAAGACAAAAACACACAUGCUCAGUUCUGCAGCACAAACAAGAAGAACUGAAAGAGGGAAUCCGCCAGAGAGAUGAGCUUAUAGAGGAGAGCCAGCGAAUGCAGACUAAGUUAGAUGCCCUCACCAGAGAGGUGUUUGACCUGCAGGAAACGAUAAACUGGAAGGACAGAAAAAUUGGGGCGCUAGAGAGGCAGAAAGAGUACUUUGAUUGCAUUAGGAAUGAGAGGGACGAGCUCAGAGAUGAGCUCGCUGACAUCAAGGGGAAGUCCCGAGCUGGAGAGAAACAUGGGCUGGUCAUCAUCCCAGAUGGCACACCAAACGGGGACGUCAACCAUGAGCCUCUGUCCUCAGGGAUCACUUUGGUCUCCCAGGAGGCCGCCCAGGUGCUGGAAUCUGCAGGAGAGGGCCCACUGGAUGUCAGGCUACGGAAGCUGGCAGAGGAAAAGGAUGAACUGCUGGCUCAGAUCAGAAAGCUGAAGAAUCAGCUGGAGGAGGAAAGACAGAAGCACUUGAAGGUGGACAGUGCUUUCACAGACGGGGAGAGGAUGGAGAACGGUACAGACCUACACUUUAUCGAGAUGCAGAGAGAUGCCAACCGACAGAUUAGUGAAUACAAGUUCAAGCUUUCUAAAGCGGAACAGGAAAUGGGUACAAUGGAACAAAAUAUCAAUAGACUUGAAGGGCAAGUGUCCAGGUACAAGGCAGCGGCAGAUAACUCAGAGAAAAUAGAAGACGAACUUAAAGCAGAAAAACGGAAACUUCAAAGAGAGCUGCGCACGGCUCUAGACAAGAUCGAGGAGAUGGAGAUGACCAACAACCACCUAGUAAAGCGCCUCGAGAAGAUGAAGGCCAACAGGAACGCCCUUCUGUCGCAGCAGUGAGGACGAGCAGCGUCACCACAGAAGCCCUUAAACUCGCACCUCAGACCUCUGACUGCCAUAUUGCGCCUGGAGCACAUUUCCAUAUUUCCGCUGUAACACUUUAAAGAUCUGUAGCUAACCAAAAACACUUUAAAAGAAAAAAAAAAAAAAAAAAAAACGUGUAGCACAGGGAGGAAAACACAUGUUUUUCUUUUUUUUUUUUUAACUGGGAGAAUUGGUUUUGUCUGGCGAGCUGUUUGUGUUUUGGGAGGAACGACUCGGGAACUAAUGAAACUAUAAAAGUUGCUGGGAGAUACAUACAGAGGAUAUUUCUCAUUUCUCUAGUCACUACUUUAUUUCUCAGAACUUUGUACUACAUAAUACCCACGAGAUAUUUCUUUUCCCUGCCUGGGUGCUUGGCUGUCGUUUUUUUUUUGUUUUUGUUUCGUUUCUUUUUUUUUUUGAUAAGUUGCAUGAAUGAAUAUAAUGAUGCUUUUAAACUAUACAACCCUCGUGGCUGCUCCGGCUACCCCCCACCCGCGCCCACUCCCCCCCUCCCUCCCACUUUUCACUACCUUCCCCCCCAGCUUCCCCCUCACACACAGUGAAGUGCCUUUUUCACACUAGGAGACUGGGGGUCUGCACCGCUCAAUGAGACAAUAAUUGUUUUAACAGGUACAGUAUGAUGUAUUUAAAGAAGAUGGUGCAGUCGAUAUUUGAAAAUAUAUAGAACCAGCUGUGUCUGCUGCGGUUUCAUGGAAAUUUUUCGAAUAUUUAAAAGAUUUCUUGAAAAUAAAUGUGUAAUUUACAGAACUGUG